CUAAACUCGCUGGACCGCAUCUGCCAGGCGGACUACUGUCCAAGUCAGCAGGACGUGCUGCGGACGCGCGUCAAGACGACCGGCAUCGUCGAGGUGAACUUCAAGUUCAAGGGCCUGCUCUUUCGCAUCUUCGACGUCGGCGGCCAGCGGUCGGAGCGCAAAAAGUGGAUUCACUGCUUCGAGGACGUCACCGCCAUCGUCUUCUGCGUCGCCCUCUCCGCCUACGAUCUGCUGCUGGCGGAGGAUGAUGAGGUGAACCGAAUGCGUGAAAGCCUGAAACUGUUCGAGUCCAUCUGCAACAACAAGUGGUUCCUCGACACGGCCAUCAUUCUCUUUCUCAACAAGAAGGACCUCUUUGAGGCGAAGAUUCGCAGCUCGCCGCUGCAAAUUUGCUUUCCCGAGUACAAGGGCGCGAACACCUAUGAAGAGGCGGCCGCCUUUGUUCGGCUACAGUUUGAAGCGGUCAAUCGCUCGAAA